AUGACGACGACAGGUGUACACGAUAUGAACAGUGGUGUUGGAGAAGAGAACGUGAAAUGCUGUAAUGUUAAGUUCCUGAUAGAACACGACUACCUACCGUUUCCGAUCGAGGAUCAUAAGGAGAGGGAAAAAGAGAGAAGUCGGAGAAAGACGGACUCACAACAUAACACAACAACACAUCACUUGUCUAUAUUCGAAAUAACACGAAGAAAUUUGAAAAUUCCGGAAAUUGGUUCAAAGAUCGAUAAUCAGAUUACUAAAAUGUUAAUCCAAUCUAAUGCAAUACUGCAAUAUUUUGGUACCAUUUUUUACAUGAAACAUGAUCUCUAA